GUUCUACCUGUGACGGGCGGCGGCGGGUCUUCCCUGUAACGGCGGCGGCUGCCUCUCCAGACACCUGCGAGGCGGCGGCGGCGACCCCGCGGCAGGAGCGGAGAUGUGGCCCUUGGUGGCGGCGCUGUUGCUGGGUUCUGCGUGCUGCGGUUCAGCUCAGCUAUUAUUUAAUAAAACCAAAUCUGUAGAAUUCACCUAUUGCAAUGAAACUGUCAUCAUCCCAUGCUUUGUUAAUAACGUGGCAGCGGAAAACACUAGAGAAAUGUUUGUAAAGUGGAAAUUUAAAGGAAUUGACAUUUUCAUCUUUAAUGGAACAAACUCCGUUCCCAAGCAUAACUUUACAAGUGCAAGAAUUGCAGUUUCAGAGUUACUAAAAGGAGAUGCCUCUUUGAUGAUGAAUAAGAGUGAUGCCAUCUUGGGAAACUACACUUGUGAAGUAACAGAAUUAAGCAGAGAAGGCGACACAGUCAUAGAACUGAAAUAUCGUGUUGUUUCAUGGUUCUCUCCAAAUGAAAAUAUUCUCAUUGUUAUUUUCCCAAUUUUUGCUAUACUUCUGUUCUGGGGACAGUUUGGUAUUAAAACACUUAAAUAUAAACCCAGUCAUACAGAUGAGAAAACCAUUAUUUCACUUGUUGCUGGACUAGUGGUCACCGCAGUUGUCAUUGUUGGAGCCAUUCUUUUAAUUCCAGGUGAAUAUUCAGUAAAGAAUGCUAUUGGACUUGGUUUAAUUGUAAUUUCUACAGGAAUAUUAAUAUUACUUCAGUACUGUGUGUUUAAGACAGCUUUUGAGAUGACAUCCUUUGCCAUUGCCAUAUUGUUAAUUCAGGUCCUGGGCUAUGUACUUGCUCUGGUUGGACUAAGCCUCUGUGUCUCAGCUUGUAUACCAAUGCAUGGUCCACUUCUGAUUUCAGGUUUGGGUAUCAUGGCUCUAGCACAAUUACUUGGAUUAGUUUAUAUGAAAUUUGUGGCUUCCAAUCAGAAGACUAUACAACCUCCUAGGAAUAACUAAAGUGAAGUGAUGGACUUUGACUUGGAGAGUAUUAAGAUAUGAAAGGAAUACACUCAUGUUUAAGCACCAUGGCCCUGAUGAUUCGCUGUUGGGGAGAAGAAAACAAGAAAAGUAACUGAUUUUCAUACAUGGGAGAAAAUGUAGUCAUUGACCCUUAAAUGAUUGUUACAAUUAAGUUUUUAUUCGAAGCAGCUGUAAUUUAGUUAAUAAAAGAAUUAUGAUCUGUGUUGUGUGCCCAAUUGAGAUCCAGUUUUUUUGUUGUUAUUUUUA